UGUGUGUGUGUGAGAGAGAAAGAGAGAGAAAGAGAGAGAAAGAGGGAGGGGGACAGAGCGAGAGGGAGAGAGAGAAAAGAGUGACAAGAACGUGCAUGCUUGAUCUAUAUAUACAAACACAAGCGUUGUUGAGCAUCUAUAUCAAAUCAUUUGAGGGAGAAUUUUUUGUUCUUUUUUUUUCUUUCUGGAGGUCAAAAUUAGGGAUUUUAGUCGCUGUUAAUCGGAUCUGUUUUCAGCGUUUUCCUUGAGGGAAGAUAAAGAUACGAGCUUUCAGCAUUGUCGAAUCAGGAUUCGCAUCAACUGAUGCGAUUGGCCUGUGAUGGCGAACAAGUAUAAUUCAGGGGACAGUAGGACCAGGAGUUCUGUGUCCAUUUUCAUAGUAGCUGGUCUGUGCUGUUUCUUCUACCUACUAGGAGCAUGGCAGAGAAGUGGGUUUGGAAAGGGGGACAGUAUAGCUUUGGAGAUGACCAAGAGCGGAGCUGACUGCAACAUCCUUCCAAACCUCAAUUUUGAAACGCAUCAUGCUGGUGAGGCUGGGAUAAUUGACGAUUCUGAUUCAAAAGUGACUGUGUAUAAGCCGUGCGAUCCUAAGUACACUGAUUACACACCCUGCCAAGAUCAAGGACGUGCAAUGACUUUCCCUAGGGAAAAUAUGAUCUACCGUGAGAGACAUUGCCCUCCUGAAGAAGAGAAGCUGCAUUGCCUUAUUCCAGCUCCUAAAGGAUAUGUAACCCCGUUUCCAUGGCCAAAGAGCCGUGAUUAUGUCCCCUAUGCCAAUGCUCCAUAUAAAAGCUUGACAGUAGAAAAGGCUAUCCAAAACUGGAUCCAGUACGAAGGCAAUGUGUUCAGGUUCCCUGGUGGAGGAACACAAUUUCCUCAGGGGGCUGAUAAGUACAUUGACCAGCUUGCGUCAGUUAUACCAAUUGCAAAUGGGACUGUUAGGACAGCAUUGGACACUGGUUGUGGGGUUGCUAGUUGGGGUGCAUAUUUGUGGAAAAGAAAUGUUAUAGCAAUGUCAUUUGCACCAAGAGAUUCACAUGAAGCCCAGGUACAAUUUGCUCUUGAAAGGGGUGUACCGGCUGUAAUUGGUGUUCUUGGAUCAGUAAAAAUGCCAUAUCCAUCAAGAGCGUUUGACAUGGCUCAUUGUUCUCGUUGUCUUAUACCUUGGGGGAUGAAUGAUGGACUAUACAUGAAGGAGGUUGAUCGUGUGCUUAGACCUGGUGGCUACUGGGUGCUUUCAGGCCCUCCCAUUAAUUGGAAGACUAACUUCAAGGCAUGGCAACGCCCAAAGGAAGAACUUCAGGAAGAACAAAGACAGAUAGAAGAUGUUGCUAAACUUCUUUGCUGGGAAAAGAAGUCUGAGCAAGGAGAAAUUGCUGUAUGGCAGAAGACAAUGGAUUCUGCUUCUUGUCGUGCCAAACAAGAAAAUUCUGGAGUGACAUUAUGUAAACCUGAUUAUGCUGAUGAUGUCUGGUACCAGAAAAUGGAGCCAUGCAUUACUCCAUAUGACAAUGCUAACAGUGGAGUUGCUGGUGGGUAUCUUAAACCAUUCCCGGAGAGACUUUAUGCAGUUCCCCCAAGAAUUGCUAGUGGCUUGGUUCCUGGAGUUUCUGUUGAGGCAUACCAGAAGGACAAUAAGCAAUGGAAGAAACAUGUAAAUGCCUAUAGAAAGAUUAACAAGAUUAUUGACUCUGGAAGGUACCGCAACAUUAUGGAUAUGAAUGCUGGAUUUGGAGGCUUUGCAGCUGCACUUCAGUCUCCGAAAUUGUGGGUUAUGAAUGUUGUACCCACUAUUGCCGAGAAAAAUACCCUUGGUGUUAUUUAUGAACGAGGACUGAUUGGCAUAUAUCAUGACUGGUGUGAAGCCUUCUCCACAUAUCCAAGGACAUAUGACCUGAUUCAUGCUUAUCGUGUUUUUAGCUUGUACAAGGACAAGUGUGACCUCGAAGACAUUUUACUAGAGAUGGAUCGGAUUCUGCGGCCAGAAGGUGCAAUUAUGUUAAGGGAUGAAGUUGAUGUACUUGUCAAGGUGAAGAAGAUGAUUGGUGGUAUGAGAUACGAUUUUAAAAUGAUGGAUCAUGAGGACGGCCCCCUGGUCCCCGAGAAAAUCCUAGUUGCAGUUAAACAAUACUGGGUCGGCAACUCCACUUCUGCGCAGUGAAAUCCAACGCAUACAGAUUCUUGAUUUGCCCGUUGGCAUGAUUUCAAGUGGCAAUUCUUUCAUUUAUUUAUGAGUAACAAAUGGCUCAGUCUUUCACCAUGAGAGGGUCUUGCCGGGAGAUAAUUUUGCCACAGAAGAGGGGUUGUGGUUGGGCUGGAUUGCACGUAUUAACCAGGAAGUCUUGAGUAAGUUAUAUAUUGUACUCUACUUGUAACACUAAUUCUGUUUCUUGAUCCCACUGGAAAAGCUUGAACUCCAUCUCCCUUACAAUACGAAGAGGAGCAGUACGACCUUUUAGACGAUCACUCGUGCAUUUUGUUAUUCUUCUAGAUCUAUUUUUCAAAGUGUUGAAGCCUCAUUUCUAAGCAUAUAUCUAUUCACGCAUUCAUCUAUUCGUUCGGGUUUUAAUGGUGAGUAGUGUUUAUAUCUCCAAGACUUGGAUUGAGGUCAAUAGACAGUUUCUUGUUUCAACUAGGUUUAGUCAGAUCCAAUUAAUCAAAUAAUCAAUAUUACUGUUCUUGUUAUG